UAGGAAGGAAAUUUGCGUCUUUCUUUCGUGAAAACCGAGAACACACAAAGCAUACUUACCUUGAGCAAUACAACGCUACCGGACAAGCGGCUACUCUACUUACCCGAACAAUGGCAGCUUUACCAGUUGGAGAUGCCUGGCAGAAGGGAAAUGAAGAGGACGUUUCCAUUCUGCACAACUGCUUCUGCCCUAGUUGUGGCAAAAGCAACGGGGUGACUACGAUGCUUCCUACUCGCGUGCCCAUGUUUCGUGAGAUUAUUCUCAUGAACUUGAAUUGUGAAGACUGCGGAUUUCGCAACGCGGAAGUAAAUUUUGGUGGAGAAAUCCAAGAAAAGGGUGAAAAGUUAACCUUAACCGUCAACAGCUCGGACGAUCUCAACAGGCAGCUCAUCAAGUCGGAUUCGGCUUCUCUCUAUAUUCCGCGACUUGAUUUUGAAAUUCCGCCAACCACCCAGCGUGGAACUGUUUCCACAUUGGAAGGAGUGCUGCGACGGGCUGCCAAAAAUUUGGAAGAGCUACAGCCCGAGCGUCUACGUUUGGGCGAUGUCGACAACUUCCACCGUUGCAAACGUGUGGUCGAAGAGCUCCGUCGCUUCUCGGGGGAAGCCUGUGCAGACAGUGACGACGAUAGUGGAGAGGUUGAAAAGCAAGAGUCGGUUUUCCCCUUUGCAAUUGUGCUGGACGAUCCUGCCGGAAAUUCAUUCAUCGAAAACCCUCGGGCGCCGCAUCACGAUCCGCACACCAAAUCGGAGAAAUAUUUCCGGACACCAACACAAGAUAUGGCUCUAGGGUUGCAACCGUCUCAGCAAGCCGUGGAAGAAGGGGUCAUCAACGAUGCUAAUCCAGAACACAAAAACAUUGCCAACGCACCACAGGGAUCUCAUACGAUAGAGAGAGAUCAUUUAGGUGUUGGUCGUCAAGAAGCAAUAAAAUUUACCACUACAUGUCCGCAUUGCCAUUGUCCAACCGAAACAGAUAUGUGUAUGACAGAAAUUCCUCACUUUAAAGAAAUCAUCAUCAUGUCUAUGUUCUGUGAAUCCUGUGGUUUCCGGAGUAACGAAAUCAAGGGUGGUGGAGCCAUUCCCAAGUAUGGAACCACUAUCACACUCAGGGUGAAAACGCCUGAUGAUUUGGCUCGAGAAGUUUUGAAGAGCGAUACUGCCGGUAUUGCUAUACCAGAAAUAGACUUGGAGCUAGCAGAAGGAGGUCUCGAUGGUUUGUAUACUACAGUUGAAGGCCUUUUGCAGAAAAUGCGCGAUCGCCUGACGAAGGCCAAUCCUUUUGGUAGCGGUGAUUCAGCGAUAAAACAGCACUUAACCAAUGACGGUGGCGAGUUUUCGGGAUUGAGUCCCAAUCAAAAACGAUAUAUGGCUUUUUUACAGAAACUGAAAGACUUGGCGGACGGUAUCGUGCUUCCAUUUACACUUGUCAUUUCCGAUCCCCUGUCCAACUCGUUUGUUGGUCCUGUGCGACAAGAUGCAAUCGCACUGUCGUUGCAGGCCGAGAAAGACGGAAACAACCAAUGUUAUGAAGCAUAUGUCGAUGACGGCAUGGAGGUGGAUGAAUACGAGCGUACACACGAUCAGAAUGAAAUAUUGGGAUUGAAUGAUAUGAAAACUGAGAAC